AUGGAGCCCGGGUCGGCCGAGCUGUACGAUCAGGCCCUGCUGGGCAUUCUGCAGCAUGUGGGCAACAUCCAAGACUUUCUGCGCGUGUUCUUCGGUUUCCUCUACCGCAAGACCGACUUCUACCGACUGCUGCGCCACCCGUCCGACCGGAUGGGCUUUCCGCCGGGGGCGGCGCAGGCCUUGGUGCUCCAGGUAUUCAAAACCUAUGACCACAUGGCGCGUCAAGAUGAUGAGAAGAGAAGAAAGGAACUUGAAGAGAAAAUCAAAAGAAAAGAAGAAGAAACAAAAGCUGUAUUUGCUGCUGCAGCUGAGAAGGAACCAGUGCCGGUUUCAGUUCAGGAAAUAGAGAUUGAUUCUACAACAGAAUUGGAUGGACCUCAGGAAGUGGAGAGAGUGCAGCCUGAAGGCACACAGUGCCAUGACUUGGAGCCUCCAGGAGCAGCUGCUAGUGUUGCUGAAGUCCCUAAGGAACUGCCAGCUCUUCUCAAGCAACAGGAGCAGUUCCAGAAAAACCCUGACAGUUAUAAUGGUGCUGUCCGUGAGAACUAUAUUUGGUCACAAGACUACAUGGACUUGGAGGUCAAGGUGCCAGUACCCAAGUGCAUUGUGAAAGGGAAGCAGGUGUCAGUGGACCUCAACAGUGACUCCAUCCGAGUGGUGGUACUGGAGGAAAGUGGGGUACGUGUUCUCAUGGAAGGAAAACUCACCCACAGAAUCAACACUGAGAGUUCAUUUUGGAGCCUUGAGCCAGGAAAAUGUAUUUUGGUGAACCUGAACAAAGUGGGAGAGUAUUGGUGGAGUGCCAUCCUGGAGGGUGAGGAGCACAUUGACAUCGACAAGAUCAACAAAGAGCGCUCCAUGGCCACUGUGGACGAGGAGGAGCAUGCUGUCCUGGACAGGCUGACCUUUGACUACCACCAGAAGCUUCAGGGCAAGCCGCAGAGCCACGAGUUGAAAGUCCAUGAGAUGCUGAAGAAGGGAUGGGAUGCUGAAGGCUCCCCCUUCCGAGGCCAGAGAUUCGACCCUGCUAUGUUCAACAUCUCCCCUGGGGCAGUGCAGUUUUAG